AUGAUAAAUCAAGAGAGACAAGCUGGAACUGCGCCCCAUGGGAUUCUACUGGCAGUUGUGGUUGUGGCAGUGAUCGUGGUGCCGUUUUUUCUUGGUGACCAAGGCGAGGCCAUAACCGAAGGCAUUUCUGAGCUCUUGAGCCCUGUGGGUCUUCUUCUCUUGCCCAUUAUUCUCCUCCUCACCAUCCAGUUUCUGUCUUCGGAUCGCGGCUCCUUCGUCUCCUCCAUGUUCUCAAACGGGGAGCCUGACACCAUUCACAGGGUCAGCGGCUCCCCUGUUGGCGUUGCAUUGUUUCUCGUGCUCAUCCUCUUCCUUCUUUACAACCGGAUAUCGAUCUUCGGCGGCGGCGGCGACGAUGAAGAGUGA